GCCCGUGUAUGCCUGGCUUAUGUCACUCAGAGGCAUGUCUGCAAGGUCUGCGCCAUGUUGUCGCAAGCAUCGGGAUUCUCUUCCUUUUUCAGGCUGGAGAAUACUCCAUUGUAUGUACUUGGUGCAUUUUGCUUAGCCACCGAUCGGGCCGUGGACCCUGGGUUGUUCCCCCCUUCCAGCUGUUGCAGUCUGCAGACAUCGACAACCAUCAUGCACUUAUUGAAUAUAAUGAGGCCGAGGACAGCUUUGUUCUCCAGGACUUCAAUUCCCGAAACGGCACCUUUGUCAAUGAGUGCCACAUUCAGAAUGUGGCCGUGAAGCUGCUGCCCGGAGACAUCCUGAGAUUCGGGUCCGGAGGGCUGACCUACGAACUUGUCAUCGAAAACGCUCCCUCGGUCUCCUUCCCAUGGAUGAGUGACUCGGUACCUUGGCCAAGACCACAGCCAACUCGAGGCACACAGCAGUCGAAACAGCCAUCCUCGCCGCCACAGAUACCCUUCCACCCGGGCAUCCGGCCAGCCCCAGUGCAGAGGAGCUGGUCCCAGGGGUUUCCCAGACCCACCAUGGUCCCGCCUGCCCCCCACCGGCGGCCCGUGAGUGCUGGUGGGAAGAUGUUCUCCUUUGUGGUGGAUAGUACCCACAGGCCUCCCAUCAUCAAACAAGUGUGGACCAACGCUGUGGAACUGUCGGAACAGUCAGUGGUCGAUGGAAUUCCCAGGGCAGGACCUUCCAGGGAUAUUUAUGUGGACGAGGACACAGCCCAGCAGGAUAAGGAUGAAAUCAUUCUGCUGCUGGGGAAAGAAAUCAGCCGCCUCUCAGAUUUUGAACUUGAAUCCAAAUACAAAGAUGCGGUGAUAGCGAAGCUGCAGAAUGAAGUGGCCAGCCUGAGCCAGAGGCUGUCGGAGUCCACCUCGUCCAAGCAGAGUCGGUUGCAGGAUCUGGAUGAGGACAUCGAUGCCAAACACAGAGAGAUCCAGAGCUUGAAAAACCAGAUCAGUGCCCUGCAGAAAAACUACAGCCAGGUGCUGUGCCAGACGCUGUCUGAGAGGAACUCAGAAAUCACAUCCCUGAAGAACGAGGGGGAGAACUUGAGGAGGGACAAAGCCAUCACCUCAGGGAUGGUAUCAUCAUUGCAGAAAGAAUUGUUAACAAAGGAUGAGGAAAUCGAACGACUCAAACAGGAGGUGAACCAACUAAAAAGCGAGAACAAAGAAAAGGAUCACCAGCUUGAAGCCCUCAGCUCCAGGUGCUCCGCGCUGAAAGAGGAGUUACGGAAGGAAGAUGCGCACAAGGAGUACCAGGAAGCCCAAGGGAAAGAAUUAAAACUCUGCAAAAUCCAAAUCCAAGACAUGGAGAAAGAAAUGAAGAAGCUCAGGGAGGAGCUGAAGAAGAGUUCUACCGAACAGAAUGUGAUCUCCAAGACGCUGCGAGAAAAGAGCAAGGUUGAAGAGAAGCUUCAGGAGGAUUCCAGAAGGAAAUUGCUCCAGCUACAAGAAAUGGGGAACAGAGAGAACCUCAUUAAAGUCAAUUUGGAAAGGGCAGUAGGUCAGCUGGAGCAUUUCAGAAGUCAAGUCAUCAAGGCCACCUACGGACGAGUGAAGCCGUUCCUGGACAAGCCCAUCACUGAUCAACAGCUAAUAGAGAAGAUUACCCAGGUCACUGAGGACAACAUCAACUUUCAGCAAAAAAAAUGGACGCUGCAGAAGGAGACUCAGCUCAGCAAUUCCAAACAGGAGGCAAUCAUAGAGAACAUGGAGAAGCUGAAGGCAUCUUUAGACAGCUGUCAGGCAUGCAUGAAAAUGUCCUGCUGUAGCAAGGACCUGAAGAAAGAGGUGGACAUGCUUCAGAACCUUCAGGUGAGCCCACCUGUUUCAGGGCUCCAGAAGGUGGUGCUGGACAUCCUGCGUCUGUCGCUGUCCUGGCUGGAGGAAACAGAGCGUCUCCUCCGGGACGUCGGCAUCCAGUUAUCCAGUUCCGACACAGGAUUGUCUUUGUAUCUGGAAUAUCUUCUGGUAUAUUAUAAAAAAAUUACAAGCCAAACCCAGGAACUUCAGAUCAAGAUCCACAGUUCUCAGGAAACUCAGCAGUCUUUCAUGCAAGAGAAGCUGCGGGAACAUCUGGCAGAGAAGGAGAAGCUGACUGAGGACAGACUGCAGCAAGAGGAGAGGCUGAAAGCCAGAAUCAAGCGGCUUAUGGAUGAGAAGGCGGCUUUGGAGGAAAGCAUUACUCAAGAGAAAAACAGAGCAAAAGAAACAUUAGAAGAAGAACAAAACAGAAUCCAAGAGCUGGAGAAUCGCUUAGCCCGCCAGAAGAAGGUCUGGGAAGAAAACAUUAUGCAAGAGAAAAGCAGAGUGAAGGAAGCAUUAGAAGAAGAACAAAAGAGGGUCCAAGAGCUGGAGAAUCGCUUAGCCCGCCAGAAGGAGAUUUUGGAGAACAGCAUGGCCUAUGAGAAAAGGAGAGCAAAGGAAGCUUUAGAGACAGAAAGGAGAAAAGUUCAAGAUCUGGAGAACCACUUGACCCAACAGAAGGAGAUUUCAGAGAGCAGCCUCGCCCACGAGAAACACAAAGCCAAAGAGGCCAUAGAGCAGGAAAAGAAGAAGGUGCAAGAUCUGGAGAACUACAUCACCAAGCAGAAGGAGAUUUCAGAGAGCAGCCUCGCCCACGAGAAACACAAAGCCAAAGAGGCCAUAGAGCAGGAAAAGAAGAAGGUGCAAGAUCUGGAGAACUACAUCACCAAGCAGAAGGAGGAAAUAGAUUUAAAAGUGCAAAAAGAAGGCGUUUUGAAUAAUAAAUUAAAUGAUGCACUGGCCAUGGUAGAAGAGACUCAGAAAAGCAAGACAGCCGAGAGCCUAAGAGCAGAGAACCUCAGCAUGAAAUUAAAUGAAACGUUAGCUGAACUGGAAACCACCAAGGCAAAAAUGCUCGUCAUGGAGGAGCGGAUACAGCUGCAACAGCAGACAGUGAAGGCCCUCCAGGAAGAACAGGAUUCCCAGAAACAUGGAUUUGAAACAGAAAUCAGGGAAUAUAAGGAGCAAAUCAAACAGCACUCCCAGACGAUCGUGAGCCUCGAAGAAAGACUCCAAAAAGUGACCGAGCACCAUAAAAAAAUAGAAGGAGAGAUUGCAACAUUGAAGGACAGCGACCCAGCCCAGGAGGAGGUAAUGCAGCGAGACCCCCCACCGACGCCUCCAGUGGACAGCAGUGUCAAAGAUGAAGUGUGUGACACCUUGAUAGGGGAUCUGCUGACCGCUCAGAAGGAAAUCCUAUCUCAGCAGGAGGUCAUCAUGAGGUUAAGGAAAAACCUCACAGAAGCUCACAACCGAAUGUCAGAUCUGAGAGGGGAGCUUAAUGAAAAGCAGAAGAUGGAACUGGAGCGGAACGUGGCGCUGGUCCAGCAGCAAAGCAGCGAGCUGAGAGCACUCAGGGAAAAGAUGGCACAGCUGACCGGCCUGGUGGAAAGGAAGGACAGGGAGCUGGGGGUCCUCAAGGAGACGCUCAGGGCCUCCCAAGAGAAACACAGAGUCCAGCUGUACAAGGAGAAGGAACAGAAGCCCAGGAAUGCGGCCAAGAUGUGUGAUAUCUCAGUGCAGAUAGAACCGGUCCACACGGAAAUUCUCCUGAGCAGUCAAGAGGAACAAUCCUUCAGUGAUCUCGGGGCCAAGUGCAAAGGGUCCCGACAUGAGGAAAUCAUUCAGCGUCAGAAAAAGGCCUUGUCUGAACUGCGUGCACGAAUUAAGGAGCUCGAGAAGGCCUGCUCAUCAAAUCAUAAGGACCCGCUGACUGAAUCCUAUCUAGACUUAAAGACGGUCAGAAUGGAAAAAAAUGUCCAGAAAUUAUUGGACGCAAAACCUGAUAUGCCAACUCUCUCAAGAAUAGAGAUCGCAGCGCCUCAGAGUGGCCUUGCCAACUCAGCCAUCAACUCAGCCAUCCCGCCCAUGGAAAAGUCAGGGAAAAUGGAUGUGGCUGAGGCUUUAGAUCUCAGUGAAAAGCUGUACAUGGACAUGAGCAAGACCCUCGGGAGUCUGAUGAACAUCAAGGACAUGUCCGGUCACAUAUCCAUGAAAUACCUCUCCGCCAAAGAGAGAGAGAGAGUCAACCAGCUCCGACAAAGGGACCUCGAUCUGGUGUUCGAUAAGAUCACCCAACUCAAGAACCGGCUGGAGAGAAAAGAGGAGCUUUUGAGAGGAUACGAGAAAGACAUUGAACAGCUCAGGCAGAGCAAAGUGUCCGUGCAGAUGUACCAGUCGCAGAUGGCGAAGCUGGAGGACAGCAUCUACAAGGAGGCGGAGGAGAAGGCUCUGCUGAAGGAGGCUCUACAGCGCACGGAGCACCAGCUGCACCAGGAGAAGCGGAUCAACAGGGCCAUCCGGCAGCAGAAGGAACGUUUAGAGGAUCACGAACAGAGAAAUGCAAAAGAAUCAACGCCUUGCAACUGUUCCUUCAAAGAGAAAGAGAGGCAGAGACGAAUGUUUGUAGAGACGGUGAAGAGCAAGAUGCAGAAUUCAAGUCCCCAGUGUCCCUGGAGUCUUUAGAGGAUCGCGGUCGCCAUGAGCCCCUUGGAGAAGACAGGACACGUAAAAUCUGCUUUUCACUGUUGCCCUCUCAGAGAAAGUCUCCAUGCCUGGCAAGCCUCCUCCCUCCGUGAAAGGCUCUGGGUCUCUGUUUUCUGUCCUUCCUAAUGCCAUUCAGUGAUUGUAUAUUGAUUUCUAAGACAGCUAAAAGGAGUUUAUAGUGGUUUGGGGGUGUUGUAUGCUGAAGAGGACAUCUUGUAGUUAACCUGUAUUUGUUGGCUGCCUAGUCCAUGCCACCGGCCAUGGGCGGGGGAAGGAGGAGCAGACAAAACCGGGCCUGUCCCAGCCCUCAUUCAUUCCAGGAACAGUGACUGAGCACCUGCAACAUGGUGGGUACUGUCCCAGCGUUGGGUUCAAUCAGGGAUUCUCAGUGGGGGCAGGAUCCGCCCUGAGAGGACGAAAAUAAUUUUUGUAAUGUGCAAAGCAUACGCGUAUCUGUCAAAAUUUAAUAGGGACAGGAGCAACAGGAAAUGGGAGUCUGAGGAGGCUCCUUAGUUUGGGACAAUAAUGAGAACAAGGGGGAGCAAUGCGGGCUUAAAUCAGAGGAGAGACACAGAAAAUGCCCUGCCUUUCUAGCUUCCAUUAUUGGGCAUUUUUUUUUCCAGUAAAUACAGUAAUGAAUUAAUCAUCGCACACGAUGCCUUGGGACCAAAGGUCAGCUGCCUGCGCUCAGGAGCCGAUCUCACAGGGACACACUCGGUCCAGAGGCCAGGAGAGGCCUCCCAGGAAGGAGCGGCUUAAACCAAGCCCUGAGGCUGGGUGGGGCCUUUCUGGACCCCGCAGUCCCCGGAAGCAGCCUCUCCGGCGCUUCCUGAGUCCAUUCCCACCUGGGUGUCACGCGUAAUGACCCAGUUUCUAUCCCUGACCUUUCUUUUUUUUUAAGAUCUAAUUUGUUUAUUUGAGAGAGAAAAAGUGAGCCCGAGAGAGCACGAGUGGUGAGGAGGGGCAGAGGGAGAGGCAGAAGCAGACUCCCUCCUGAGCGGGGAUCCCAGUGCGGAGCUGCAUCCCAGGACCCCCGGGUCACAACCUGAGACUGGGCCCCCCAGGCGCCCCAUCCCUGCCCUUCCAUUCCAAGGGUGAGGCGUGUGGCUCCCAGACGCAGAAACCGAAGGCUUGGCACUCCCCUUUGGCCCCUGUUCAGCUCCCUAGCUGCGGGAUGUCCCAGCCCUGCCCCUGACACGCCCCCCGCGUCCUCCUCUUCCCAGUCAUCCCUCUGCCCUCUGUGACCUCCACCCCCCACCCCAUGCUCCUGGCAGACCUGGGGGCUCAGGGUGUUGGGCCUGGGUACUCUUUAUUUUUAACCAACCCCCUGGCUCCAGCUCUGAAGGCCGGCUUCUCCCCCCGGUCAGGGCACUGGAAUUUGGGAGUCAUCUGUAGCCAGCCCUUUUAUGGAAAAUCGAAUAAAAAGGCAUAUGAAGGAAGGGUGAUUUGGGGGAGGUUUUUUGGCCUUCGCUGUCUGUUUUCAUGUUCACUGGGCACUCCAACCAAGAUUGAUUUCGCAGGCUCGUGUAGAGAAGCUAGCCCUUCUCACCCUCAAAUGAUUUUGGACGCAGUCUCAAAGCACAUUCAAGGCCCCCUGUCAGCUGCUGGCACAGGCCUCAGAAGGUGAUUUUUAUACUUUCUGAGUGAAAAGGGCUCAAGAGGCAGUCCUGGCAGUCCCUUCCUCUAAAAUCCACCCAGAGGGAGGCCUGGGAGGCUCAGUCCGUUAAGUGUCUGCCUUGGGUUCAGGUCAUGAUCCCCGGGGUCCCGGGAUCGAGCCCCGCAUCGGGCUCCCUGCUCAGUGGGAGCCUGCUUCCCCGUCUGCCUGCCGCUCCCCUUGCUUGUGCGCUCGCUCGCUCUCUCUCACACACAAAUAAAUAAAAUCUUUUAAAAAAAUAAAUAAAAUAAAAUCUACCCAGAAUCUUCUCUGGGCCCCUGAGGAAGUCAGGGUGGAUAUUCUGGUCCCUGUUUGGCAGAUGAGGAAACUAAGAGUCAUGCAGUAAAUGGCUGAGCUCAAACUUGGCAACCCACUAGCCCUCUCCACCACCCCCAGGGGUACCCCCAGGGGUACGAGACUCUGUGACUGGAGUCUGACACUUGCAGGAAGUCGGGCUGGAUCUGGAGCCUGCUGGAAAGAAACCUGCGAGUUAUGAUCCCAUGAACAGUAUGGGCACGUGUGAGAGGGAGACUCUUUUGAGCUGCAACUAAGGGAAACCGGCUCAGAAACAGGGAGGGCCGCUUUUAGAGGGGGUACAGGAGCCCCUGGCUCAUGAAAACAAAGGAUUGAAAGCGGUCCCGCCUCUAAAGAGAACUGGUAAGCCCACGGUCCCAGGCAUCCCUUCCCUCACACGCACGCGCACGCACAAGCUCAUACACCAUAUACCCUCUCUGGGUCUCCCUGCACCUGCUCAUCUCUUCUCUCUCCAGUGAUCUCACUGGAAGAGAUGACCUCACCAUCCCGCCAUUUAAAGGACCCGCCCAGGGACCCAGUAGCAUCUCAGAGCCUGUAACCCCAAGUCCUGGGCGCGAUCAUCUGCAAAGCACAGCCUGUGCCAAGCAUCCAAUCACUUGAGACCAGGGGCAGCAUCACAUGGGGGGUGGGGGGCAGCCGGGAGGAGGGGCGGUGCUCAGAAAAGGCCUAGACGGAAGACACGCUCAGUAAGAGCUUUCCAGGAGAAAGAUACUCUGUCACAAUGAAUACACCCAUCAUAAGAAGCGCCUGCUUUCAAAAGCACAAAAAUGUAAAAAGGGAAACUUAUUUGUGUAUCUGGCAGCGUGCUUACCUUUGGGUGAUAGUGGUCAUUGUGGAUCAUUUUAGCUUCUUUUUACGCAUUUUUCUCUCUCUUCCCCUUCCCUCCUCCUCUCUCUCUAUAAUUACACAUAUAUAUAAUUUCUUUUUUACAGCAAACAUUUUAUUUUGAGUAAAAAAAAAAAACUAUCCGAGUGGACCAUUUUGGGAUCCUGCCACAAUUAUAGAGUUUGUGCGUUUGUUUCUUCUUGCUCA